AUGUCGACCAUCCAGCAAUUAAAGAACUUCAUUCGGCACGGCAAGCAAGCCCGCGCCGAGGAGCCCGCCCGAAAGGUCGAAUCUCCGCCCAAGUACUCCAACUCACACGACAAGAGGAAAUCUGCUUCCGACCCUCAUGUCCCUCAGUCUGCCGUCGUCGACCAACAUUCCGAACCUGCCGAAAAGGUAGCCCGCAAAGAAGACCGCGCUGGUGACAAACGUGCGAGUCGACGCGUAGACGAAGCCAACCUGGCCAAGCUCGUUGCUGAGGAAAAUGCCUCCAGGACCAAGUUCCCCCAAUACCCCGGCCUCGAGCGAUGGGUGCUUCUUGAGAAGAUGGGCGACGGUGCCUUCAGCAACGUCUAUCGUGCCCGCGACACCGAGGGGCAAUACGGCCAAGUCGCCAUCAAAGUUGUUCGCAAGUACGAGAUGAACAAUAUGCAGGGAAACGACCGUAUGCAUCCCGAAUUUAAGAGGGCGCCUAAAGCUGCCGAGCGCGCAAACAUUCUGAAAGAGGUGCAAAUUAUGCGCCAGCUCGAUCAUCCCAACGUCAUCAAGCUCAUCGACUUUUCGGAAUCCAAGCCUUAUUACUACAUUGUUCUCGAGCUCGCCCCUGGUGGUGAGCUGUUCCACCAGAUUGUUCGUCUCACAUAUUUUAGCGAAGAGCUUUCGAGACAUGUCAUUGUCAAGGUGGCCAAGGCCCUCGAGUACCUCCAUGAAGAGAAGGGCGUCGUUCACCGUGACAUUAAACCCGAAAACAUUCUUUUCAACCCUAUCGAUUUUGUCCCCUCCAAGGUUUCUAAACCUAAGCAGCCUGGCGACGAGGACAAGGUCGACGAAGGCGAGUUCAUUCCUGGCCUCGGCGCCGGCGGUAUUGGUGAAAUCAAGAUCGCCGACUUUGGCCUGUCCAAGAUUGUGUGGGACAAGCAAACUAUGACGCCUUGCGGCACCGUUGGUUACACUGCUCCCGAAAUAGUCAAGGACGAGCGUUACUCCAAGUCUGUCGACAUGUGGGCUCUUGGCUGCGUCUUGUACACUCUACUCUGUGGCUUCCCUCCUUUCUACGACGAGAGCAUCGAAGUUCUUACCGAAAAAGUCGCCAAGGGCCAAUAUACCUUCCUCUCGCCUUGGUGGGACGAGAUUUCCAGUUCAGCCAAGGAUCUCAUUUCACAUCUCUUGACUGUCGACCCUGAGAAGCGUUUCACGAUUACCGAGUUCCUUGCCCAUCCUUGGGUUCGUGCCAGUGGUCCCACCCCACGAGAGGAGCGCAAACCCGAUGCUCCGCUCCGUGCCUUUGACCCCUCGAAACUGGAUGACAGACGACUUGACUUCCGCUCCCCUGGCGCGGUCAACCUGCGAGAAGUCUUCGAUGUCGGUUACGCUGUCCAUCGCCAAGAAGAGGAGGCCAAACGACGUGCGCAAAUUGGUGCGCGUGCCGGCCCGGCACGCGCCCUGGGCGGCCUGGACGAAGAGGAUGAAGAGGAGGAGAUGGAAGUUGACAAGCAGCCUCAAGGUGGCGCUCGUGGCCUAGAGCAGGGCAUGCGCAAAGCCAGCAUCCAAGACCAAGAUGCCAAUCCUCGUGGCAGAGAGCGCGAACGCGCGCCCAACGAGAAGGGCUACGGUCAGCACUCGUCGACUGUCACAGCUGCUGCUAGACAACAGGUCCGCGACCGGAAUCGCAAUAAGGGACCGUUUGAACUCAACCUCGACAAUGCUACUCUGCUCGGCAAGAGAGGGAAGAAGAUGCCUACUGUAGGCGCAUGA